GCUAAAGUUACCAGAACUUUUCUGUGUGGUGGUAAAUAAGGACCACAUGUUUUUCGAUCUCUUUUCCGACUGACAUCCUUGCAAAAUGUCGCUCAUAAUCCCAGAAAAAUUCCAGCACAUUCUUCGUAUCGUUGGUACGAACAUUGAUGGUAACCGCAACAUCAUGUUCGCGUUGACCAGCAUCAAAGGAGUUGGAAGACGUUACUCCAACAUUGUCAUCAAGAAGGCCGAUAUUGAUUUAACAAAACGUGCUGGAGAAUGUACUGAAGAAGAGGUCGAAAAAAUCGUUACCAUCAUGACCAACCCACGUCAGUACAAAAUCCCAGACUGGUUCCUUAACAGACAGAAGGAUAUCGUUGAUGGAAAAUACUCCCAGCUCACAAGUUCCAACUUGGAUUCAAAAUUGCGUGAAGAUUUGGAACGUAUGAAGAAAAUUCGUGCCCACCGGGGUCUUCGUCAUUAUUGGGGUCUCCGUGUCCGUGGUCAACACACCAAGACAACUGGACGACGUGGUCGUACUGUUGGUGUGUCCAAGAAGAAGUAAUUUAUCACUUUCUUGUGUCAAAUACUGAUAUUUGGUCAUAAUAAAAAUUUAUAAAUAAAUUCAA